GGCUACACGGACGAUAAACAACCAGAAGCUGAAUUCUAAAGGUUUGGAAGGCGGUGAAAUUUCAAUGGGUCUUAUGCUUUCUCCGAAAUCCGGCAUCGAGCUUAUGCAGAACUGUGAUUUGCCUCCACCCCUCAAAGUCUUUUCCGGCCCGGAUAAGAAAGUCAUACCACCCAUGAAUAGUUUGAUAGGCCAGGAAGAGGAGGCGGUGGCAUUUCCGAUGUCGAGAAGUGGGUCCGAGGGGGAGAAUUUGGAGCUUUUAAGGGCCUUGCGGCUAUCACAAACAAGAGCAAGAGAAGCAGAGAGGAAAGCUCAAGUGCUGGUUAAGGAGAGAGAUACUCUUUCCAAUGCAGCAGCAGCAAAAGCUAUUUGGGCAGUUGUUAUGAAGAUUCAACGGAGGAAGAUGAUGCUAAUGAAGAAGGCAAGGGCAGGAUGA